CCUACUCUCUCCCCCUCAGUCGCAAUGGAUGUUUUGAUGAAACACAACCUCCUCAAAAGCUUCAUCUUCUCUCUCAUUCUCACUCUCAUCUUCCUUAUUGCUCCAUCAUCAUCAUCAUCGAAUCAACAAACAAGAGUAUCUACACAAAAGACAGAACCCUAUCUCGACGGCGACGAAUCACCGCACCAACUCGUCUACAUCAAGAAAAUGACGCCGUUUAUCUUGAACCCGCGGCAACGUGAUCAGCACCGUCGUCUUCGUUACAACCACCACUACUACUACUACCGCCAUAGUAUCCGUCGCCGUGGUCUUCGUCACCGUGCCAACUACUUCAAGAUGAUGACCAAGAAAAACAGUAACGGUUUUAACCGUCCGGUACGACCGGAUACUUUCUCUGCUAUGCUUCCCAAAGGAUUCGUACCUCCUUCUGGUUCAUCUCCUUGCCAUAACCAGAACCCUAAUUCCGCUACCACUCUCUUCUGCGAUCUUUCUACACAACCUUAGAGUUCUCCACAAAUCGGACUUCAAGAUUCUUUAAUCACCGUACGAGAUACGAUUUUGUUCUUCCACUUUUGUAAU